GAUAAAUCGAGACAUGAAAAAGUUAAUAACGAUAAUGACGUCAUUCAAGAUGGCAACUUGCAAGAAAAACCGUCAGGUCAGGUGAAAAUGUCUUAGAUGACAGAUUUCUCAAUCAUCCAGAGGAUUUUUUUCAAUAACUCCGGCCCAAGAUUCUGUGAAGAGUGCCUUGCUCCCUUCCUCUCCGUGGUUUCACCCAGCUGCCCUUUAUGCCGUGUGACCUUUAAACCCAAGGAGAGAAGCAGGGCAAAGGAUCUGGAGAAACAGAUGGCAUCCAUCAAAGAUUCUUGUAUAGGUUGCAAAAAGAAGAUGAAUUUAUCAAAGUUGAGACAGCACACCGUGUCAUGUAGACAUGUGGAUGAUGCGGAUAAACCUAAAUCAAGUUUCCAACCUGUCGGUAAUACUUCACAGAAACCACCAAGCAACCUACCGAACCGAUCCACCUUCCAGUGUCCUAUCUGUGGUGCAAAGAACCUCGACUGUGAUGCUCUAAGAAGACACUGCAACAAGGAACAUAAGUACAAUGACACACCAGUGGUAUGUCCCGUAUGUGCCUCUAUGCCGUGGGGAGACCCCAAUUAUGAAAGCACUAACUUUCUACACCAUAUGAACCUCAGGCAUCAGUUCGAGUAUGAUACUUAUGUGGAUUACAAUAAACAAGAAGAUGAAGUUCUAAAACAAGUGCUUGCAGCAUCAAUGGCAGACAAGUAGCUACAGUACAUGUAAAAGACAGACAGAUUGACAAGGACAGGUAUAAAACAUUGAAAGACGGAGAAGGUCAGAGAAAGAGAGAUAGAGGCAUACAGACAGACAGAUCGGGGUUAAAAGAGAAAGACAGAGAAGCGUACUCAUCCGCAGGUCAAAUGAGAAAGAAGACAGGAUGAAUGAAUGUCGGAUUUAAUGUUCAAAAGCAUCAUAGAGUUCUUGUGCAGGACUGGACACCUUUGACAUUAGUGAUGUCGUUGAAGGAUUCAUCAAGCAUUUCUCGACCACUGCAGGAGAGUGAUUGUUUUGUGCAGCAGCACGGGUGUGAUGCGCCAGCUUGUAGAAAUAGCCUGUGCAUGGGCUUGAGAUGACAGUCUAUACAUGGAGAGAUACACCUCAUUUCAAAUUAACAGAAAUGAAUGCUGGAUAUAUGCGCUCAUUGAUGCCAUCUUAUACCAGUCCAUUCAAUGGUCAGCAGGUGAAGUUUUUCUUAUCAAGAGGCAAGAGAGCACAUGAAUAUUCUAUGGUUCUCAAUAGUUUUCUGGUCGUUAUGUAAUGAAAGUCAUCACUCGUGUCGACAUUUGAUAUAAGACAAUAUAUUUAUUAGAACGAAAGGAGAAAUAAGACAUAUUGGAAAUUUUGCUACUGGUUGUAUACAAUGGAGUUUUGAGAUCAACAAACUCCUCAUUUUGGACCAGGUGAGGGUGUGCUGUUGAAGCUCAUUGGUGGUGUCGCAUCAGUGGAUGUGAAUUUUUUUUUUUUUUAAGAGAGAGAUUAUAGAUAUUUAUUAUAACAAAUGGUUUGAUAAUCUUGUGUAUACAUGUAUUAAGGGUGGUGCAUGUGCUCCUAAUUGAGAGCAGUGUGUGUAAUACGAUCAAGCAAUGCACAGUCUUGGGGAGAUGAUGGCUUGUAUUCUCAAAAGAUGUUUAAAUUGAACCAUGGUACAAGACAGUGGAGGACAAUGCCGAUUUCUAAUUUAACCACGCAUGAAUUUAACCCUCUUUGCCUAAAGCAGGCAUUUAUAAUUGGAGUUUUCUUAGUGUACAUCAUGAAAUAAGAGUAAUAACAUGCACAAAAUCUGCAUCGUCCAUGGUUUUGUACGAAUUGUACCAUGGUACACUUGAAACCUCUUUUGAAAAUGAAGAGCUCACUUGCAAAAGGGGUUAGGUCCAUUUUUCAUCAAAUUUGAUUUUUUUGGUCUCAAUGUAUAGAUUUUUAGUAGCUCUAUAAGAUGAUACCAAAGAAAAGUUGAAAUUCCUAUUAAAAAGUGAUCAAAAAUGGUAAAGAAAAAUCACUUUUUUUUCAAAAGGGGUUAGGUCCAUUUCAGUUUAGUUGCAAAAGGGAUUAGGUCCACACCAAAUUUUUUUGGAAAAGAAUAUUUUAAAAAGUAUGAAUAAAGGUAGAUUUCUUUUAUACCCAAUUUUAUGUUAUCAUGGUAGGAAUUCUUGAAAAUUUAGUUUCACAUAAGAAUAUGCAAUAUAGGAGAAUUAAAAAAAAUGAUUUUCUUGGAGUGGACCUAACCCCUUUUGCAAACAAACUCUUCUAAAGAGCUCAUUUGUCAAAAGGGGUUAGGUCCAUUGUUCAUAAAUUUUAUUGUUUUCUGUCUCAAAACCUCUAAAUUUUUAGUCGCUUUGAUGAAAACAAAGAAAAUUUGAAAUUUACAUGAAAACGUGAAAAAAAGUGGCAAAGAAAAAUCACUUUUUUAAUCAAAAUAGAUUAGAUUCAUUUCAGUUUACUUGCAAAAGGGCUUAGGUCCACAAUGAUAAUUUUUUAAAGAAUUUAUAGAAAAAAAUUGAAGACGGGUAGAUUUCUUUUAUACCCAAUUUUAUGUUCACAUGAUAGGGUAAGUACAUCAUGACAAUUUAGUUUCUCAUAAGAAUAUUGCAGUAAGUGAG